UCUGCGCAGCGAACAUGUUUUGGAGUCCAAACUGCCCUGAUGCGGUUCUGAGCCAGAACCGUUCCGAAAUGGAGAACCCAUGUCGGUGGCUGUGCGGCAGAACCGUGCACGGUUCGACAGUGAGCCUAACGGCAUGGAAUGAAACGUUUUCAUUCCACUAAGAAGCCCCGGUUGCCGUGUCGAGGAUGGGGGAUCGAGCCACCUCAGGGCCCUCGGCCGCCAUCUCUCCGGUGCAACAGAUGUUGGCGUCCAGCACCGGAGCCCUCCUCACGUCCAUUUUUGUGACGCCUCUGGAUGUGGUCAAGAUCAGACUGCAGGCUCAGCAGUCGCCCUUCCACCAAGCUCUAACAUCUGAGUCUGCUGCAUGGAGCAGCGUCAUCCGCCCGUCCAGAUGGAAGUGCUUCCUCUACUGUAACGGACUGAUGGAUCACAUCUACGUGUGUCAGAACAGCGCCAGCUGCGCCAGCUGGUACAAAACUCAGACCCAGUUCAGCGGCACACUGGACGCGUUUGUGAAAAUCGCCCGGCACGAAGGCCUCCGGUCUCUGUGGAGUGGGCUGCCUCCCACUCUGAUGAUGGCUGUUCCUGCCACCGUCAUCUACUUCACCUGCUACGACCUGCUGCGGGACUUCCUCAAGUUUGGCCUGGGGCUCCAGGGGAGCCACGUGCCACUGGUUGCUGGAGCAGUAGCGAGACUGGGAGCGGUGACGGUGAUCAGCCCUCUGGAGCUGGUGCGCACCAAGAUGCAGUCACGGCGCCUGUCGUACCGGGAGCUGGGGGUGUGCAUCCGCACGGCCGUGGCUCAGGACGGACUGCUGUCCUUAUGGAGGGGCUGGGGCCCCACCGUCCUGAGAGACGUCCCCUUCUCUGCCUUCUACUGGUUCAACUAUGAGCUGAUGAAAGCGCGCCUCUGUCAGCACUACCAGACGCAGCAAGCUAGCUUCAGCAUCAGCUUCACCUCAGGAGCCGUGUCCGGAGCGAUCGCCGCUGUCCUCACGCUCCCAUUCGACGUGGUGAAGACUCGCAGGCAGAUCCAGCUGGGCGAAAUGGACACUUUAGGAGUUCCCCUGAGGAAGACCGCGUCCACCUGGCACAUCAUGAAGGAGAUCUGCACCGAUGUGGGCUACCGAGGUCUCUUCGCAGGAUUCAUGCCGCGAGUCAUCAAAGUCGCCCCAGCCUGCGCCGUCAUGAUCAGCUCCUACGAGUUCGGCAAAGCCUUCUUCCAGAAGAUGAACCUGGACCGGGACCGGCGGCGGCCCUGAACCAAGCGUCGCCCUUCAUGACUGACGGGGACCACAAACUCUUUUAGCCAGCCUCCAGGUGUUUCAGUCUGAAAAAGGCAUCUGGGAGUUUUAUAUUUCUGUUUUUAUGGAAACUGACAUUGGGACUGGGACUGAAGUCCACCGACCAAAGAUGAGGACAGGAACAACAGACCUGGAAGAGAAUCUGCUUCUGGGUUGCCUGCAUGUCUUUUAUCUCCACUGGACCGUCGAAGUGUGAAGUGCCACGACGCAGCCACCUGGACUCACUUGGGUGUGUGGGACUCAUGGAUCAAUGAGCAAUCUGGACUCUCAGGAAGCUGCAGUUGAAUGCUCCUCACGUUCAUUCCAGUUUUAUCCUUCAGAAAAGAUGGCGGUGACUUCAUUGGACAUGUUUCUUCACUGAGGUCUGCUACACCAGUGUUCAGAGAAUCUUCUCUGCCCCACAGAGCCCUCUGGUGGAUGCUAAUGGCAGUGCAUAUACAAAACAUGCUGAAGUCGCAUGACUUGCAGGUUAGCAAUAGCACCCGUCUGUGAAGUGAUCAUGACAAUCACUGAGGUAGAAAUCCAGUAUCCAGUGCAUCUUCUUUCAGCAUGAGUUUAGAGGAGAAAUGUUCUCAUGUAAUCUACAUGGAUUUAUGUGCUGUUUUUAACGUUCUCCAGCGCCUGCGUGACUCAGAUCCAUUCAUUCUCAAGGUAGCAUUUAAGGAACAAGUGAAUGUAAAUCACUCUGCUAAUUCCUCUAUGGUGGUCAAAGGGUGUCCGGGAAAGUGUGACUCGUGUGAAUGUGUGUGUGUUUUGUUUUUUUUGUUUUUUUUCAGAUUUGGCAGUACUUGAAAAGCAGACCAUCUCAGCUGAGAGCUCAGAGUUUGUUUUCCACUUCUACUCCAUUGUGAGAGGGGAUUAAAAUGUUUUAUGUCCUGCAGUUUCUCAGAAAUAAAGUCUUUUUUUGCU